AUCUUUGGUCCAGUGCAGUGCAUCUUCAGCUUUAAGAGCCAGCAGGAGGCCAUAGAGCGGGCCAACAGCUCCCGGUAUGGCCUGGUGUCCGCAGUGUUCACAGCCAGCAUAGACAGAGCUCUGUCUGUGUCUGCAGCCCUGGAGACUGGCACUGUCUGGAUAAACUGCUAUAACGCCCUUCAUGUCCAGACUCCCUUUGGAGGGUACAAGAUGUCAGGCAAUGGACGAGAGCUGGGAGAGUAUGCUCUGGCUGAGUACUCAGAGGUGAAAGCAGUGACCAUCAAAUUGAGAGAAACUCUUCGUCCACUGACUCCUCCAGAUGUCGACUGACUCCUCCAGAUGUCGACUGGCUCCUCCAGAUGUCCACUGGCUCCUCCAGUCGUCCACUGGCUCCUCCAGAUGUCCACUUGCUCCUGCUCUGUGAAUUGGAUUGACUGGUAGGAGCCAGUGGAUGCUGGAAGAAGUUUUAGGCGUUAACAGACAGCUGAAGUUGUGGGUCCUCUGGUCCAGGGUCCUUGCUCACUCUGAUGUAGUUUCCCUGUCAUAAUUAAAACCACAGAGACUACAACUCAGCUAAAACGUGAGCUUAGCCUGAUCGAUCCGAUCUCCAUUUAGAAGAUCGGAUCGGUCUUGUAAGGACACUUGCAAAGCAUCAAUUCAUGGUUUUUCCUAACCGGUACCAGUAUGUAGUUAUUUCUGCAUUAUUUUGAAACGUGUAUGACAGUUAAAUUAGGGGGAAAUAUGUUCAUGUUGUUGUUGGUAUUUUUGUAUGUGUAGUAAGAGCCAGUGAGCAACGUACUUUCAUAAUAAUAAUAAAAACUGUAAACACGCAAUAAAAUUAAUAGCCUAAUAAUAAUAUUUGUCGGUGUUAAUUAAUAAAGCGUUAACUUGCCCAGCCCUAGUUUUAAUACAUCCUGCUUUGGUUAUGAUUAUUGUAUGACAAGCUUUUGUAGUUUAAUACAGAUUAACAUAAAGCCUUAGUGUUCAAUUUAUUCUGUUGUCGGAAAUGUGUUUGAAUAGAAUAAAAGAACGUGUGGCAAAAUGG